AUGGAACAAAAGUUUCAUGCUUUUAUGUUCCCAUGGUUUGCUUUUGGUCAUAUGACUCCGUUCUUGCAUUUAGCCAACAAGUUAGCAGAGAAAGGGCAUAGGGUUACUUUCUUGCUGCCCAAGAAAGCUCAGAAACAGUUGGAACAUCUCAAUCUGUUCCCACACAGUAUCUUCUUUCACCCUCUUACUAUUCCUCCUGUUGAUGGUCUCCCUGCUGGGGCCGAGACCGCCUCGGAUAUCCCCACCUCAUUAGUGAAGUUCUUGUCAGCAGCCAUGGAUCUGACACGUGAUCAGCUCGAAGCCGCGGUUGGUGCUUUGAGACCGGACCUGAUCUUGUUCGAUAUUGCUCAUUGGGUUCCGGAAAUAGCUAAAGAGUAUAGAGUCAAGAGUGUGAUGUACAACGUGAUAUCAGCUAACUCUAUAGCUCAUGACCUUGUCCCUGGUGGUGAACUAGGAGUUCCUCCACCUGGUUAUCCUUCAUCAACGGUCGUGUACCGUGCACAUGAUGCUCAUGCCUUGUUGUCCUUCUCCGUAUACUACAAGAGGUUUUAUCAUCGUGUCACCACAGGUCUUACUAAUUGCGAUAUCAUAUCGAUUAGGACGUGCGGAGAAAUUGAAGGUAAAUUCUGCGACUAUAUCGAGCGUCAAUACCAGAGGAAAGUUCUCUUGACGGGUCCAUUGCUUCCUGAGCAAGAAAAGAGUAAACCACUUGAAGAUCAAUGGAGUCACUGGCUGAGUGGGUUUGGACCAGGCUCUGUAGUGUACUGUGCAUUGGGAAGUCAAAUCACUCUAGAGAAAGACCAAUUCCAAGAACUCUGUUUAGGAAUAGAGCUCACUGGUUUACCAUUUCUUGUAGCGGUAACACCACCAAAAGGCGCAAAGACUGUUCAAGAAGCGUUACCAGAAGGGUUCGAGGAGCGAGUGAAGGGACGUGGAGUGGUUUGGGGAGAAUGGGUGCAGCAACCAUUGAUAUUGGCUCAUCCAUCUGUAGGCUGCUUUGUGAGCCAUUGCGGGUUUGGAUCAAUGUGGGAAUCUCUAAUGAGUGAUUGUCAAAUAGUCUUGCUUCCGUAUUUGAAUGAUCAGGUUCUCAACACAAGGUUGAUGACCGAGGAACUCGAGGUCUCCGUAGAGGUGGAGAGAGAAGAAACAGGAUGGUUCACGAAGGAGAGCUUGAGUGGUGCAAUCAGAUCUGUGAUGGACAAAGAUAGCGAGAUUGGGAAUCUGGUUAGGAGAAACCACGUCAAAUUGAAGGAGAUUUUGGUUAGUCCUGGAUUACUAACCGGUUACACCGAUAAGUUUGUAGAAGCAUUGCAGGAUCUAGUCAACGAUACAAAUCUUGGAUGA